AUGCACCUAUUAUCAUCAGGAUCAGAUCCAUUACAUAUCCAACUCGAAUCGGAUCAAAUCAUUUUGCAUGGUUUAGCAGAAGAAUCUGCUGGCGCCACUAUACGAGGAUCAGUGACGCUCGAUUGUAUUGAAAGCACCAAAAUCAAAUCCAUUGCUUUGAAGCUCGUUGGUAAAAACAACGUUUGGUGGUCUGAAGGACAAGGAUCUGGUCAACGUCAUUAUCACGAGGAGCGCACUAUUAUUGAACAUUCUUGGAACAUUCUUGAGGCCCAACGUAAAGCAUACCAUCUUCCCAAGGGUAGUUACAAAUGGAAUUUUGAAUUACCGCUUCCAGGUGAUCUUCCAAGUACUCUCCAUCACGACCAAGGCCAAGUCCAUUAUCAUUUAAAAGCCGUUGCUGAACGAACGACUUUUACGCUAUACAACUAUGUGGCAAAACGAGAUUUUCAAAUCACACGUCUUAUGCUCCCCUCGUCUUUGGAACUAAACCAAUCGGUGGUUGUAGUCAAUGAAUGGCCCAAUAAGGUUGCAUACAACAUUAGUAUCCCACGCAUGGUGUUUAGCCCUGGAAGCCAAGUUCCCAUCAGUUUUGAAUUGGCACCCUUGACCACUGGAUUAUCCGUUCAAGGCAUCAUGUGCUCUUUUGAAGAGUACGUGACCUUGACAAGCCAUUCGCAUUCCAUGAGUGAAGGCCGUGUUGUCAAAGCUGUAUCCGAUAACAAAUUCUCAUCGUCACAGGAUCAAUGGAGCCGAACAGAGGUCUUUAAUGUGCCUGAGGAUGGCAACCACUUGCAAUGUGAUGUGGCCAGCAGUUUGAUUUCUAUUUCACACAAGCUCAAAGUGAUGGUGAUGUUGAAGAACGAAGAUGGCCAUACAUCCGAAUUGAGAGCAACAAUACCUAUUGUGAUAGCCUCUGUGGCACCCGAACAAGAAGCCAAUGAAUUACCAGCUUAUGAAGAUGCAUGGAAAUCACAACCCUAUGAUGCACGUAGGGUGAUCGAAACACAAGUCGCCUCGGGUCAAUUGCCAUCAUCAUUGGCAUUCGCUACACCCGAUGCAGCUGCAAGUCAAAUCCGACCUUGUUCCGAAAGCAGUAGCAUGAUCAGCAGCAACAGCUCGGAUGAUGAAGAAGAGACCCUACCUCCUUUGCCUUGGGAAGGUGUGGACUUGACGCUCGUGCCAUCGUAUACCACAGCUGUUCGAUCAGGUCGUUUAUACAGCUUUUCAGGUCCAUCAUUACCCACUUAUGAAUCCAUCGCUAUGCCUGGCACCAGCACCACUGUGUAA